AUGGCUGGCGCAAAGAAGAAGAAGAAGCCGGCUGCCAAUCCGGCGCGAGGCUUUGCGACGACCUCUGUUGCGUCCAAGCCUCGCCUGGAAAUAGUAGAGCCAGCAGGAUCUCCGUCCUCUUCGGGUGUCAAUACUCCCAAAACUGCUCCUCCAGCUGGAUCAGAAGCUACCCCGCCACCAUCGAAGCAAACCGAACAGAGUGGCGAGCAAACGACAACCAAGGAAGUCGUCCUGAGCCCCGAAGAGUUUGAACGACAGCUCGAAGAAUCCGAAUUACAGCUGUUUGUAGAAAAGUACUCUCAGAAAGUCAAGCGAGAUGCUCAACGCCAGUGCUCCCGAUUGGAGACCGAUCGACGCCUGCUUCGCAGCCAGGCUGAAAAUAUCAACACGCAAAAAUGGCUGCCUCGGGAAUUGAUGGAUCAUAUCCUCGACCUAAUCAAGGCGGAAAGUCGGUUCUAUGCAUCAAGCCUGUCCUCUGAAAAUGCUGGACCUGGGAAGAUGCCAUCCGAAGAAGAUCUGGUGUCACGCAUCUGGACUUUGCAACAGACUCUCUCGGGGGCUGCCUUUUCUGAUAAUAUCGUCGAAAGCGCUAUACAGCAUAUCUUGGAUAUCACACCAAACAUAUCAGCUGCUCCUCGAGACUAUAUAUGGGGUCUAGAAGAAGCUCUCGAAUGGCUCGCUCGUGAAUCUCCGCUUGAAGAUCUCCCUACGUACAGAAAUAGGACCAAAACAGUUCCCAAAGACGCUGCUGAUGGUGCAUCCGGCCCUCCAUCUCGCACGAGUACUCCCAAAUUAAACGCAACUCAAGCCAGCCGCACUGAGAAAAGCAACGCACCGAAUAGCCGCCCUGGCAAGGCCCGGGCGUCUCCAAUUGCUACAUUCGAUGGUGAAAUUGAACCAGAGGAUUUGAUACCGGAAUACAUUGCCACAAAGGCAAAAUUACUCGAGUUAGGCCAUCUAGAAAAAGGAGCGCAAUCUAAAUCCACCAAGCAGCAGACAAAGGAAAACGAGACGGACAUGGCAGCAGUGGCUUACCUGGAAUCGAAACUUAAAACUAUAGAAUCUGAUGUUCUGUUUGACAAAUUCUUGGCAGAGCAACAAUGGAAGAAAGAGAAAGUCGUUCUGGAAAAGCAACUCGCUUUAGCUAGGAAGAAUGCUGCCACUGACUCAAACGACCAGCCGCAACCUGAAGACCCCACACCCACGUCAGAAAUGGACGACGAUAUCACUGCUAUAGCUGAGAAGAUGGCUAAGGAUAUCCUCGCCGAGGGAAAUGAUGACGACGACAUCGUGGGUCUAUUCGAAUCCCUCCCACAGAGCGAGGUCGACCCGACCACUGGGAAGCUCCAGACCGUAGUCAACUCUUCGGAUGGAGUACGGCUUGUUAUUCGAGAAUUUGCCAAGUGGACGGGAUAUACAGUUAUUUCCGAGGCUUCGUUUGCUAAUCGUCAUUCAGUGGACAUUUCGUGGUCAAAGCCGCAGGACCCUGCCCAGAUUGUGGCCAGCGCGGAUGUUGAAGCAGUGGUUGAUCCUUCUCACUUCAGGUUUACUAUGACCAAAGUUGCUACACCAGACACGAAGCAAUCAGAGGCCUAUGUUGCCACAGCAGCGCUGUUCCACAUAUUUAAUGGCAAUCCCAAGGAAGAAAAAGUGAAUCUCAGACUUCCGACUGUCUGGCGAGACUUUUGGUCUGAGAUGGCCGAAGCUAAAAAAGGCCAUUUUGAUGCGCAGGAUCGAUUAGCUGUGAAACAACUCAAGGCUCUUGUCCGUCAAAGGCAUGAUCAGGAACUUGAGGAUGGUGUUGUUCUACAGGGGGCGUUCCGGGGUCGCAAUAAUGCCAAGGCUUCACCAGAAACUGCUGAAUCAGGACAUGUCGAGCGAUCAAAGCACAUUGAGAGUGAUGACAAUUUGAUAAAGUUGUGGGCAUCAAAGUCGAGCAGGAAGAAAUAUGCAGCAAUGCUAGAAUAUCGAGUACAGCUUCCCAUGUGGAAAUUCAAAAACCAUGUUCUGGAUGCUGUGGAUAAUAAUCAAGUGAUAAUAAUCUGCGGAGAAACCGGCUGCGGCAAAAGUACACAAGUCCCAGCGUUUUUGCUGGAGCACGAGCUGUCGCAAGGCAGGCCGUGUAAAAUAUAUUGUACGGAGCCUCGACGGAUUUCUGCAAUAUCCCUGGCUCGUCGAGUAAGCGAAGAGUUAGGCGAUGAAAGGGGUGACUUGGGAACCUCUAGAUCCCUCGUUGGCUAUUCCAUCCGCCUUGAAUCAAACACGUCUAAAGAAACGCGGCUUGUAUAUGCUACUACAGGAAUCGUUAUGAGAAUGCUUGAAGGUUCAAACGACCUUGGCGAAGUCACACACCUAGUACUCGAUGAGGUCCAUGAGCGCUCCAUUGAUAGCGAUUUUCUUCUCAUCGUUCUUAAACGCCUCCUGAAGCGCCGGAAAGACUUGAAGGUUAUUUUGAUGUCUGCUACUGUUGAUGCAGAGCGGUUUUCUGCGUAUCUGGGUGGUGCGCCGGUUCUAAACGUCCCAGGGAGAACAUUCCCAGUCAUGGUCCGCUACCUGGAAGAUGCUGUUGAGCUUACUGGCUAUGCUCCCAACAAUUCGGAAUCUGAUCGGCUUGUUGAUCUCGAUGACGAUGCAGUCGAGACCGAAGUAGAGGGCCUAAAAUCAGAGAUGGCACAGAGCCUCGCAGGCUAUUCAACCAGAACCAAAACUGUUCUCGCUCAGAUGAAUGAAUACCAGAUCGACCUCGACCUCAUUGUGGAACUGAUCGCUCGAGUUUCUACAGAUGAAUCGCUCCAGCAGUACAGUAAUGCAGUCCUGGUCUUCUUACCCGGAAUUGCAGACAUAAGAUCAUUGAAUGAUAUGCUAUUGGGAGACCCUCGAUUUUCCGCGGGUUGGCUUGUUUACCCUCUACACUCUACGAUCGCCAUGGAGGACCAAGAGGCGGCUUUUCUUGUGCCACCUCAAGGUAUGCGAAAAAUCGUGUUGGCGACCAAUAUCGCAGAGACUGGAAUUACCAUUCCAGAUGUUACCUGCGUCAUUGACACAGGCAAACACCGCGAAAUGAGAUUUGACGAGAAGAAGCAGCUUUCCAGGUUAAUUGAUACAUUCAUAUCAAGAGCCAAUGCGAAGCAACGAAGAGGACGUGCUGGUCGUGUGCAGAAUGGGCUGUGUUUCCACAUGUUCUCCCGGUACAGGCACGAUACUCUUAUGAGCGAUCAGCAAACUCCAGAGAUGCUCCGGCUCUCCUUGCAAGACUUGGCCAUACGAGUCAAGAUCUGUAAGAUAGGCGGUAUCGAAGAGACUUUAGGCGACGCUUUGGACCCUCCCUCGGCAAAAAAUAUACGUCGAGCUGUUGACGCGCUUGUGGAUGUGCGAGCCUUGACUGGUACAGAAGAUCUCACCCCUCUUGGCUACCAAUUGGCAAGAUUACCUUUGGAUGUCUUUUUGGGAAAGCUCAUUCUCUUGGGGUCUGUAUUCAAAUGUCUGGACAUGGCCAUUACUGUCGCGGCGAUCUUAUCGUCUAAAUCGCCUUUUUCCGCCCCCUUUGGACAGCAAGCGCAAGCAAAUAAUGCGAGAGCAGCUUUCCGCCGUGCGGAUUCGGAUGUCCUUACAACUUACAAUGCAUACCUGGCAUGGAAGCGAGUAUGCCAAGCGAAUGGAAAUCUUGGAAAAGAAUUCCAAUUCUGCAGAAAGAAUUAUCUAAAUCAGCAGACGCUCACUAACAUAGAAGAUCUAAAGGGACAACUGUUGACGUCUCUGGCUGACUCCGGAUUCCUGUCCUUGACGGAGGAAGAGCGGCGGGCUUUAUUAAAGCUUCGAUUUUCCUCCGGAGGUCGCGGUCGUCGUCAGCAGCAAUUUGUCGAGGUACCCCAACGAGUCAAUCUCAACAGCGACAACGAUGUUGUGUCGACUUCCGUUAUUGCAUGGAGCUUCUAUCCUAAGCUCCUCGUGAGAGAUGCGCCUGGUUCCAAGGGGCUCCGCAAUAUAGGAAACAACCAAUCUAUCAGCCUUCACCCCAGCUCUGUCAACCGUGGACUGUUCGAGAUCAAAUGGCUGUCGUAUUAUACUAUAAUGCAAACCAAAUCGAUUUAUCGCGCACAUGAAACCAGUGCCGCAGAACCCUUCGCGAUAGCACUGCUGUGUGGUGACGUACGAUGCGAUCUGUAUUCUGGCGUCAUAGUGUUGGAUGGUAACCGGGGUCGCUUUGCUGUUCCGGACUGGAAAACAAUGCUCGUCAUUAAAGUCUUACGCACGAGAUUGCGAGAACUACUUACGAGAACCUUCAAGCAACCCGGCAAACUGCUCACUGCACAACAAGAAAAAUGGUUUGAUGUGUGGCAGCGUCUAUUUUCCCAGGACUUCAAUCAAGACAAGACUGUCAACACCGUCAGUCUGUAAUAGACUUGGGCCUGAAUAGAGAGCAUUGCAUUUGGAGCUGGUUCAUAGAGGCUAGCCACAGAAUAUAGACAUACUAGGGCACAUACACCUGGGGCAUUGGGAUAGGUACAACCGCUUGGGCGAAAUGGCAAUUUCGGAGCAAGAUAACAAGGCAAUACUAGGUUUGGAACUUGAUAGACUUGAUUUUGUCAUUUCGGU